AUGCCAAAUCCACUGCUAAUGUCUAUGCUUGACGCCGUGCGUUUUGUAUCAGGCUUCUCUGCGAAUUUUUCUACUGUCGACAAGUACAAUUGGAGUUACAUUGAGAGACGAGGAAAAGAUAAACACAGCACGGAUGUUGUUGUAUUUUUGCAUGGCUUUAGUUCCAUGAAAGAGUCGUGGGUACGAGUUGCUCGAGGAAUUGAUAAGAGACAUCAGAUUAUAAUUCCAGAUCUACCUGGUCAUGGUCGUACAACUCCUAUCGAUGCAGUGAUGAAUUAUUCCAUGUUUACUCAAGCUCAAAGACUGGAUGAAUUCUUCAAACAGGAGAUACCCCAUGAUAAGAAAAUUCACCUCGUUGGUUGUUCCAUGGGAGGAAUGUUGGCAGGUAUGUACGCGGGAUUAUAUCCUCAUCGAGUCAAGUCAUUGACAAUGAUUUGUCCGGCUGGCAUUGGCAUGCCACAAAAGAGCGACCUACUGAUUAUGUUGGAGGAAUCAGGACGCAAUCUUUUGCUCGCACAUACGGCAGAAGAUGUCCAGGAAAUGAACCGAGCGAUUAGUUUCAAGCACACGAAACUACCGUCUGCACUUGCAUCAAUUAUUGCGUCAGAACGUAAGAAACAAUUGCCCGUAUUGGAAAAGAUCAUUACUGAUGCCUUACAGAAUCCCAUUGCACUGGAAGAACUACUGCCCAAUAUUCGUGCCAAGACGUUAGUAAUGUGGGGAAAGCAUGAUCGUGUACUGGAUGCAUCGUCAGCAAAGGUGCUGGAGGAAAAGAUGCAUCCAGAUGCCCAAUGCCAAGUGAUUCUAUACGACGACUGCGGUCACAUUGUACAACAUGAAAAAUAUGUUGAGUGCACUGCCGCAAUCAACAAGUUUUUGGCUGAUCAAGACAAGUCGGACUUGGCAACAAUUGCAUAA